CCGGCGCGAGUCUCAUACUGGGAUGACUUUUUGAUUUUGUAUCGGGUUUACAUUAUGACUGAGUCAUUUCAUAUCUCGUUACUUGAAGGUGCACUUUAUGUUGAUAAAAUACAAGUGUGAUACAAAAUAGCAAACAUUACGUGUGCACUACCCAUUCCAGUCUACCGGCAGACCGAUUUCAUGCCGAAAUGGGUGGUCGUUUCGCAUUUACAUGAUACUGCCAUGAGAUUUUGUACCAGAGUGAAAUUCUUGCCCCGUUACAAGAACCGGGGUGAACUCACGCUGGGGUGACUCGCGCCUGCAUGACAUUUUGUGGUGGUAUCAUGUAAACAAAUAUAGAGCUAUGAGAGGGAACCGGAGUGAACUCGCUCCGGGGCAAAAGUUGCCCUGGUGUCAUGUAAACACCCCCUAAGUUGCCAGAGGACACCGCCUGCUAUUACUAAUUAAUAAUAUUUUUUCCUACACUCAUGGCCAAAUUACUACAAUCAGCACAAUUUUACUUGACACAGGGUUCCCCACAUGCCUCUUUUCACAAAACAAGACUAAAAAUUUGAAAAAAAUGAUAAGGCAUUUUCCACAAGUGGUCUAAUAACAGUGCAAAACCUGAGUAGCAAAUGAUUUCAAUGUCCACAAAUUCACACAACUGAAUAAGAUUCAUCUGACUGUUAAAGAUUCAAAAUGUUUGACUAGUGUGAGUUAAAGGCUUUCCUUAAAGGCAAUAAUAUUUACAUUCAGAACCCUACUUGCAGUUGAGUGAAAAUCAGGGUAAAAUGCUACAUGGAAACCCUAUAAUAAUAAUAAUAAUAAUAACAAUAAUAAUAAUAAUAUUAAUAGUAAUGAACUUUAUUAAAGUCUCAUGUCUUAUAACACAGGCACAGUGCCUUACUAGUUGGGGAGACUGAAGCAUAUAUAUAUGUUAAAUUUAUUAACAAUGGUUUAUUAUAUUAUUAGAGUUCAAUGUUUUACAAUGUAUAUCUUUUUUUAUUUUAAUGUAUGCAUUUUUAUAAAAGUAUCAUCCAUUAAUAUCGUUGUAAAGUGCUAUGAAAACCACUGGAUGUACAUUAUUAUUAUUAUUAGAGAGUAAGCAGUGCGCAAAAGAAAGUAGUGUCCGAUAGCCCGGGCUAGUGGAUUUUGCUAUCGAGCUAGUGAAUUUUGAACUUAACUUGCCCGAUGGGCAAGUGAAAUUUUUGAGGAAUUCAAAUUAACGAAGAACUGUGAAAUCGAUUCUGCUCAUCAAAACUGUUUGGGGCUAGUUGAAAUGACAUUUGGGCUAGUAUAUGCUAGCUUCAGCUUGCCGAAUGGCAAGCUUUAAAAAUCACCUUCUUUGCACCCUGGUAAGAGAGAAAUUUUCCUAUCCACUUGUCCUUCACACAAGCAAUACAUUAAAUUUGGUUGUCCGAAACCUAGAGUUCUUGUCCAAAAAGUUUAGCUUGCAACGGGCAUUUAAUGUUUUUAAUCACAUUAUUUAAUCACAUUAUUACCCUUGUAUAUUAUUUUUGAAUUAAACCUACAACAGAGCUUGUUAAAAAGCAAAUGGAUGAACGACUGGCAGUGGAAUGGCAAAGUUAAAUGGAAUAUUGUUUCUUAUCUUUAUUUUUCUAAUUAAAAAUGUGCUUGUCCCACGGACAAGUCAUAUCAAAGGUUUACAUGUUUGAACUAAAUUUCUACCUGUCCCGGACUAAAGUUCCAAAUCAAUAAACAUCCCUAGCCUUCUCAUGAGCUCCACCAAAGACUUUCAGGGAAAAUAUAGAAACAUAUAAGCACCUUAUUCCCAAAAGUUUCAAAUUUUCCUGAAACUUUACCUAACAUAUUUUUUCCUUUUUAAUACGAAACGUUCAAGGUUCCUAGUUAAUGUAACAGGAGUGAAGCCACUUUGCUAUUUAAAGCCCUUAUCCUCAAUCUUGAAAACAAUGCCUCCUAAUAAUAAUGUACAGUGUACCCUGUAAAUAAAGCAGCCCAUUUUCUUUCCUUGCCACGAGGGACAUUUCACAAGAGAGACAGUUGUAUUUGCAGAUUAAUAAUGGUGUAUGUAGACAAGAGAAUCCAAAACAGCUAUGACUGUUAUGACUCUCUUAACAGUCUUAUCUUUCACAACUUGUUUCUUUAAAUUUUAUUUUCCUUUAAACCUAGAUUUACUGACAAUACAACUAUGGUGCAAAUAGAACAAUUUCUGGUUUCUAACAUGACUGUGUGCUUUGCUUCCCAAAAAGUAAGGCAUUCAAUUUCCUGACAGUAUGUGCUGCACUAUAUCCUCUCAAGAACCACAAUAAAAUUUCAUAGGAGCAGUGCACAAUGAAGAUUAAAAUUAAUGGUAAUAUAUGAAAUGAAUCAUACUUUGAACUGCAGAUGAAGGUAUGAAACUGUGAAGAUGUUAACAACUAUGUUGGCACUUACAUGAAAAUACAUUCUAAUUCAACCAUGGUCUGCAUUAGCUAUGCAUUGAAAGACUCAUGAAAAUGUCUAUUCAUUCUCUGUUCAUUUAAGUUAAAACCCACGUAAU